CAGCUGCGCUCCCUCAGAUCUAUUAACCCGGAGAGUGAAGGGUGUCCGUCUCUACAUCCGGCUCCCCAGUUCACGUCUUUUUUCGGACUUGUGUAUGUGACGACGUCACCCCGGGGGCGCGACACCAGGAGCCUGUGUGUGCAGACUAGAAGAAACCUAGGCGGCCGGCCGAGGUGGAGAGCUCCGCUGGUGUCCCGCGGCCGCAGCCAACAAGCAAAGCGUCUCUCUCAUCUGCGGGAGCAUUCGAGGCGUCACCGGGAGCGCAGCGCACCAAGCCCUCCCCGUGCUCCCGCCUCAGGCUCGUCACACCUGGGAAAAGUUUCCGGGAGCGCGCACGGAGGAAAGCGGGACAUGUAGAGGGGCGGAAGCUGGGAGCAGCCCCCCAUGUGGUGAAGGAAGUUCAUAGCCACAGAGAGUGUGUGAGAAGAGAGGGGCGGUACUGGCUAUUCUUAACUUCAGCUCUCCACCUGCUGCUCCCACACCCAGUCCUCUAUCUAUAGAGGGAGCUUCCCUUCCCUGGGAUUCCAUGUGGACACAGCUACCAUCAGCAUCUUCUCCUCUGCCUCUGGGCCCUGGAUAUAUGGGGGCAGCCCAUGUUGCCUGAGCUUCCUCUUCCUCUUGCACCCACCUCAGGACCACAGUGGAGGGAGUCCUUUUCCUGAUGUAUUAUGCCAGCUGGUAACGCACAUGUGUGAUCACCUACCCAAACCAACACACUGCUACAGCCCCCCUCUUCUUUAUAUUGGAGGAACUAGUGGCCUGAGGGUUGUUGUGAAUCCUUGCAAAAGAUAAGGUCUACUGUGAAGCAUGGAAGGACUGUCCCUUAGUGAUGCUGAGCAGAAAUACUACUCUGAUCUGUUUGCCUACUGUGACACUGACAGCACCAAGAAAGUGGCCUCCAAUGGGCGGGUGUUGGAACUUUUCAGGGCAGCACAGCUCCCUAGUGAGGUGUCUUUGCAGAUAAUGGAACUGUGCGGCGCAACAAGGCUUGGCUAUUUUGGAAGAAGUCAGUUUUACAUUGCAUUGAAACUUGUGGCAGUAGCACAGUCUGGUUUACCUCUGCGGGUUGAAAGUUUAAACACUGUAAAAGAUCUACCCCUGCCAAGAUUUUUGGUGUCUAAAAAUGAACAAGAUUCAAGACAUCCAGUUGCCCACGGUGCAGAUGGAGACAACUCUUACUCAGGGGUUAUUCCACCUCCGCCUGGAAGAACACAAGUCAAAAAAGGUUCUGUUAGUCACGAUGUGAUUCAGACACGUGGUUCAGCAGAACAGCAGGAAUCAACAUCACCUGUAGUAUCUCCCCAGCAGUCACCACCUUCAUCGCCACACUCUUGGAGAAAGCACAUCCGACAUGCCAGUGGAGGAAACGGUGAUCGGCCUGUGACUGUAGCUGGUCCUUUUUGGCCCCCCUACAAUGAAGCACAAGCAGUUGGUUCGUCUGGAGAAGGAUCAUGGCCAGCACACUCGCCGCUUCCACAUCAGGAAAAUUGGGUCAGUUUUGCAGAUACUCCACCAAGCAGUACUCUUUUAUCCAUGCAUCCCGCAUCUGUCCAGGACCAGACAACUGUGCGCACUGUGGCAUCUGCCACCACUGCAAAUGAAAUUCGUAGACAAUCCAGUAGCUAUGAUGAUCCCUGGAAAAUCACUGAUGAACAAAGGCAAUACUAUGUAAAUCAAUUCAAAAACAUUCAGCCUGACCUUAAUGGAUUCAUCCCAGGGUCUGCUGCAAAAGAAUUCUUUACAAAAUCUAAACUGCCUAUUCCAGAACUUUCUCACAUAUGGGAACUGUCUGAUUUUGACAAAGAUGGGGCAUUGACUUUGGAUGAAUUCUGUGCUGCUUUUCAUCUUGUAGUGGCUAGAAAAAAUGGAUAUGAUUUGCCAGAAAAAUUGCCUGAAAGCUUAAUGCCUAAACUUAUAGAUUUAGAUGACUCUGCAGCUGGGGAUGAGUCCAGUGAUGUAGGAUUUACAAGUUCACCUGCAGAACCUCCUCCUAGUAAAUCUCCCUCAAUGCCAUCUUUGAAUCAGACAUGGCCUGAAAUGAACCAAAGUAGCGAGCAGUGGGAGACAUUUAGCGAACGCUCUUCAAGCUCACAAACUCUGACCCAAUUUGAUUCUAACAUUGCACCAGCUGAUCCUGAUACAGCUAUAGUCCACCCAGUCCCAAUUAGAAUGACGCCAAGUAAAAUUCAUAUGCAGGAAAUGGAACUAAAAAGAACUGGAAGUGAUACAACCAAUCCCACAAGCCCUUUGCACAUAAAGCCACAAGAACUCCCGGAAGAGAGCUCUGUUAAAUUUGUUUCUGGGAAUCCUGCCUCUGAUGGAUAUAGCAGUUCAGACUCCUUCAACUCUGAUCCUGAAGAGAUUGGAAAUGUGGUCACUAGACAGAGGUCCCAUUCAAGUACAUCUCCAGAGAAUGCAGCACCGCCACCCCCUCCACCAAGACCUCAUGCGUCGCAUUCACGCUCCUCGUCCUUAGACAUGAACAGAACAUUUGUAAGCACCGCAGGACAGCCACAAGCUGCAGCAGUCACCCAUCCUCCUGCUGUUCCUCCUCGUCCUCUGCCCACACAGACUUCAGGAACACAUGUGCACCGCUCCAUGGAAGCAGAGGGCAUUGUAGCUCUUCCCAGUACGUCUCCUCAACAAAUUCCAGAGCAACCAAAUUUUGCAGACUUUAGCCACUUUGCUGAGUUUGCAUCUUGUGAGCAACUAGCAGAGGAUUCAGAGAAACAAGCUGAAGCUGUCCAGGUGGAAAAGCCACCUGCUGAUGGAAUUCGGGGUGCCAAGCUCAAUGGACGGGUUGAAGAUAAGCAGGUUACUGCAGCGGUUUCAAAUCCGGGCAAAGCUGGAGCACCACUAGCUCCUCCUCCCAAGCCUGUCCGUAGACGGUUAAAAUCAGAAGAUGAGCUUCGACCUGAAGCUGAAGACUCCGGUCAGAAGCAAAAUGCAAUGGCUGCUGUCCCGGCAUCCCAGCCAUCUAUUCCCAGGUCUGCUGGUAAAGAUAAAAAAGCCAUUCAGGCUUCUAUUCGACGCAAUAAAGAAACAAACACAGUUCUUGCCCGGCUAAAUAGUGAAUUACAACAACAGUUAAAGGAUGUUCUUGAAGAAAGGAUAUCGUUGGAAGUUCAACUGGAACAGCUACGACCAUUUUCUCACCUUUAAAGCAGCAACUGCUAUCUGUGAAAAAAGGCCUGCCCUAAAAUAGACCCGGAUUUCCAGCUCAGCGUGAUUGAACAUCACAAUGAUGUGCCUCUGUUCUCCUCUCAUAUUCAUAUUACCCUACACUAGGCUUUAUAAACACUUCUCCCAUAAACUUGCUAUUUUGUAAGCAUGGACAUGCCUACUCUUCAUGUAUGGAUACUCCAAGGCUUAUUUAUUGAGGUAGUGCAAAGAACACAUGUGAGGUAACCCACAGCAACCAAUCAUAUGUUAGCUUUAAGAAGUCUACUUUCAAGUUAGACUAACCAAAAUAGACAUAACCUCUGUGGGCUACAGAACAUUGUUUGCACUAUGUAGCUUAAUUUCACAAUCAUGAUACACAUCUCUUUUGUACAUGACCAUGUUUUUGAUUUAUUGGCAUAUGAAAUCUGCAAUUCAGGAAAGUACCCAACAGCACUGUAGCCUUUCGACAAAAAACUAAUAUGUAUAAUGGUGAUUGACAAUCACUGCCAUAAGCUUAAUGAUAAAAUACUAAAAUAUGUUCUUGAGUAUUUGCACGUCUGAGCUGUUUAUUAACGUCAAAGUUCUUCAUCCAUGUGAUAUGGAGAAGUUUUUUUUACCCCUAACUGUCAAUGUUAAUCAGGACAGUUUAUACUUUUCCAAAGCAGCGUGUCAAAAUUUCUGGGUUUAUUUUUCUGCUUGCCUGAAGGCCUUACUCCUCUGACCUAUAGAAAGGCUUUACUAAUAGCAGCAAUCUCCCUGAGUGUAUACUGCUCUUCAGGUUGAUGUACUGUAAUAGUUUUGUUCUAUAUUGUAUGAUAAACACCUUUUGAUCUCAUAUGUAAAUUUGCAUUGGAAGCUGACUAACAGCAAUUAUUGUAUUUAAUAGCUUAUUCUGGCUGUGGGAUCCUAGAUGUUAAACUGCACGGAUGUAUCUCAGCAGAAUCAGAACUAGCAAUGUGUGAUUUUUACACCAAUAAAACAGCACAAUAUUUUA